UCUUCCACAGCAUAGCCACCCAGAAGAAAAAGGUUGGAGUAAUACCUCCAAAGAAAUUUAUAACAAGAUUACGAAAAGAAAAUGAGCUCUUUGACAAUUACAUGCAGCAGGAUGCACAUGAGUUUUUAAACUAUCUACUAAACACAAUUGCUGAUAUUUUGCAAGAGGAAAGAAAACAAGAAAAACAAAAUGGCCGCCUACCUAAUGGCAGUAUUGACAAUGAAAACAACAGCAGCACACCAGACCCAACCUGGGUUCAUGAGAUCUUUCAGGGAACAUUAACUAAUGAAACAAGAUGUCUUACUUGUGAAACUGUAAGCAGCAAAGAUGAAGAUUUUUUAGACCUUUCUGUUGAUGUGGAACAGAAUACAUCAAUUACUCACUGUUUAAGGGGUUUCAGCAAUACAGAAACUCUGUGCAGUGAAUACAAAUAUUACUGUGAAGAAUGUCGCAGUAAGCAGGAAGCACAUAAAAGGAUGAAAGUAAAAAAACUGCCUAUGAUUCUAGCUCUCCAUCUGAAAAGAUUUAAAUAUAUGGAUCAACUACAUCGAUAUACAAAACUCUCUUAUAGGGUAGUGUUUCCAUUAGAGCUUCGACUAUUUAACACCUCAGGAGAUGCCACCAAUCCUGAUAGAAUGUAUGACCUGGUUGCUGUGGUUGUUCACUGUGGAAGUGGUCCUAACAGGGGACAUUAUAUUGCAAUAGUGAAGAGUCAUGAUUUUUGGCUUCUCUUUGAUGAUGACAUUGUAGAGGUAAGUAUUGAGUAA